AGACGACGUGUGCGAGCGUGAGGGGCCCGCUGGGCCGCCCGUCCCGCCUCUCGGCUGGCUGGGCUGGACUAGGCCGGGCCGGGCCAGGCCAGGGUGGGGAUGUCGGCCUGCGGAGGCCCCGCCGGUCUCGCCUCGCCCUCGCCUCAGCGCCGCCGCCGCCGCGCCUCCCGCAUGGCCCGCCGGCCGGAGCUGCUGUGCGGCGCCGCGGUGGUGCUGGCCUGCGUCUUCCUUGUCGCCCUCAAAGUCACUUGCAGCCGUGCAAAAGAUGUGACAAUGCCAGCAAAGCUUCCGGUCAACUUCUUCUCCUCGACGUCUCCAGUCCUUGAUUUUUUCCUGGGGCAGCUAGACCGUGCAGAACUUGUCCGCCAAGACUCAGAAGUCAGUUUGUUUUUCUUCUAUGCCCCAUGGUGCGGACAGUCCAUUGCAGCAAGGGAAGACAUUGAGAAAGUGGCAAGCAGCCUGGCAGACCAGGUGUUGUUUGUGGCCAUCAACUGCUGGUGGAAUCAGGGGAAAUGCCGGAAACAGAAACACUUCUUCUACUUUCCAGUGAUAUAUUUGUACCAUCGGAGCUUUGGGCCCAUUGAAUACAAAGGGCCACUGAAUGCAGUUUACCUUGAAAAAUUUGUCCGACGUGUGAUGACACCACUGCUUUAUAUUUCAACCCAGUCAAAGCUGCAGCAGUUUCUCUCCAGUUAUGAGCCUGGAGUCUUAGGAUAUUUUGAGUUCAAUGCUUCGCCCCAGCCUCCAGGUUACCUGACAUUCUUCACUUCAGCCUUGUAUUCCUUAAAUAAAGAUUACCUUGGGACAAUCCACUUUGGAGUGAUCACAGAUAAGUCGAUUGCAAAAGAAAUCCCGUUGAUGAACUCAGGAAGUGUCUACUUGCACAGACAUGUCAAUUCCUCUCUGUUCUAUCCAAGCGAAGCCAUGAACUACACCGCUGAAAAUAUUUGCAGGUGGGCCCUAGAGAACCAAGAGACGUUCGUCCGCUGGCUGAGACCUCAUGGAGGGAAAAGUCUUUUGCUGAACAACGAGCUAAAAAAGGGCCCAGCACUUUUCCUGUUUUUUCCUUUUGACCCGUUAGUAGAAAAUCAGCCACUUGUCGAUGAGAUUUCCAGGAUGGCUUUGGCCUACAACAGCUGCAACAGAAGCCACCAAAGAAGGCUAGGGGCAGAAAGCUCAAGAGGAGGAGAGCCACCAGAGGCUGCCGCCACCCCUCUCCAGCCAGUGGAGGCUUUCCCCAUAUCUGAGUCCCCAUGCUGCAACACCGUGGUGCUUCCUCCUCAGUUACACACCAUCUCCCGGACCCACAAUGUCUGUGAACUGUGCAUCAACCAGACUGUUGGGGUCAAGCCAAGCCACCUCAGCGGGCUGCACUGCAGCUUCUUCGAGAUUGAGGCGGCCCUGGACUCUUUCUACCUCAAGGAACGGACCUUUUUCCAGGUCGUGUCCAAGACAGCCUCUUUAUGCAGUAACUUCCUCAGUUUUUACAGCCCUUUUAGCUACUACACUGCGUGCUGCCGAACGGUGAACAGGGGCAUGCUGAGUUUCUUUGGCUCCAAAAAGACCACUGUCCUGUCCCUGGAAAUGGCAUUUUCUUCUCAUGGGAAGAACUGGAAAGAGGAGCCCCCCCAUUCUAUUCCUCACAUUGAGGACAGGAACGGUCUCUUGGAAAGUUCCAUCCCUGGCUCUGAUGUCACUGGCCUGAGCUGCCGGACCAACAAGACCUUAAACCUUUACCUGCUGGACUCCAAUCUCUUCUGGAUGUAUGCGGAGCGACUUGGGGCACCAAGGCUCACUACCACAAAGGAGUUUGCUGCCAUUGUGGACCUCAAAGAAGACUCCCACUACGUCCUAGAUCAGAGCCGGGCCCUGGGCAGGUCUCAUCUAGAAACCUUUAUUCAAAACUACAGUGUUCUGUACAGCCCCUUGAAAAGGCACCUUGUGGGUAGAUCGACGUCCGUCCACUUUUGGGCUCUGCACAGAAUCAGAGAAGUUGCCACAGACACUUUUCACGAGGUUGUGUUGAGGAGUGACAAGGAUGUCUUGCUGCUGUAUUAUGCUCCGUGGUGCGGUUUCUGCAUGGCACUCAAUCACAUCUUCAUUCAGCUUGCUCGGAUCCUGCCUGAUAACUUCCUUGUGGCAAGGGUUGAUGUUUCUCAGAAUGACCUUCCCUGGGAAUUCAUGACUGACCACCUACCAAACAUUCUGCUUUUUCCUCGUCAGAGGAAGGACCGAAGCGUGAAAUUCCCUGAAGACUUCCCAGUCAACCUUCCCAACCUUCUUAAAUUCCUCCUCCGUCACUCGAGCCCCCCGUCCUCCUCCUCUGCGGCUGGCUCUGAGCCCUGCCUCCAGCAAAGCCGCCUCUCUCUCUUGGAGAGGGAGGUUCAGAAACUGCGAGCAGAAAUCCAGGCUCUCCGGGAAGCUCAAGCAGUGCUCCGAGGGCGGCUUUCAGAAGCCAGGAAGGAAGAGCAGAGGCUCCAGCAGGAGGCCCACCUCUUGAAGACACAGCAUGGAGCCCUGCAGAGCCACCAGGAGGAGGUGCAGGGACUCUAUGACCAGAAGGCAAGGGAGCUGGAGGAAGUGGCUGGCAAGCUGCGAGAGCUGGCUGAGGCCUCCAAGACCCUUCUAGCCGAGAACACGUUGCUUAAAGUCCUGCUGGCUUCGGUGGAGAGGAAACUGGGGGAGAAGGUAGAGCCAGAGAUCACCCUUACGCAGGAGGAGGCAGGUCUAGUUGUCCCGGCUGCAGAAAAGAAUGACAACGCUCACCUAGAUGCCAGAAUAGCUUCGGAACACAACAAAGAAAACUGGACAGAGUAACUCCUGAAAACGGAGAGGUGUAGGGGCAGCGGGAGCCAUAAAAUCAAGUGUGACUCUUGAGGGAGAAGAUCUUUAUGCAAAUUUUAUUGAAUUUUCAUUGUAAAGAUUUUUUUGAUGGACAAGAAAGGGAGGCGGGGGGGGGAGAGAGAGAAUCAGAAAUAUUUUUAUAACAAAUUAACCAGAUCCGGUGUUCGGCCCACAAGGUUGACCCUGAUCCACAAACUUCUUUUGCACUUUCCUAUUGCACUAAUUUGAUAGUUUUUGUACUGAUGUCACCUAACUAGCUGUAUGGAAGGGGAGGGGGCAUGUGAUAUUUCCCCGGCCCUCCAGUCCCAGUCAGGACCAGUUUUGGGCUGCAUCAGCUUACAAGAAAAAUCUUAAUUUAUGCUUUCUUUGAAAUGUCUGGUCACCUUUGAUGCUUUUGUUUACACAACUGGAGAGCUGCAUCAAGUGUGUGUGUUUUGGUAAAACGGAAUCUGGGGAAAAAUUAAAGGGGGUGGUCCCCCCCCCUUGUUAUUCUCUUUU